UCAAUAUCCCCUGUGAGCAGGGUCCGCACUUCGCACCGCAGCAGCGGGAGAACGAGUCGGGGUGGGUGAAGUGGGAGCACACGCGGAGAUGGCUGGGGGCGGCGCCGCGGGGAGGAAGGUGGCCGUCGCCGCCGUGCAGUUCGCCUGCACCGACGUCGAGGCCGACAACGUCGCCACCGCCGAGAGGUUGAUUAGGGAAGCUCAUAAGAAAGGAGCAAACAUUGUACUCAUUCAGGAAUUAUUUGAGGGGCACUAUUUCUGUCAAGCUCAAAGGAUGGAUUUCUUUCGGCGCGCUAAGCCUUAUAAUGACAACCCAACUAUUAUAAGGAUGCAAAAGCUUGCAAAGGAGUUGGAUAUUGUAAUACCUGUCAGUUUUUUUGAGGAAACAAACAAUGCCCAUUACAAUUCUGUGGCCAUUAUUGAUGCUGACGGCACUGAUCUUGGUCUAUACCGCAAAUCACACAUUCCAGAUGGACCAGGUUAUCAAGAGAAAUAUUAUUUCAACCCGGGUGACACUGGUUUUAAGGCUUUCAAAACCAAGUAUGCGACAAUUGGUGUUGGAAUUUGCUGGGAUCAGUGGUUCCCGGAGUGUGCAAGGGCUAUGGUGCUUCAGGGAGCUGAACUACUAUUCUACCCCACUGCAAUUGGAUCUGAACCCCAGGAUGGUAACCUGGAUUCCCGUGAACAUUGGAAGCGUGUCAUGCAAGGCCAUGCUGGUGCUAACUUGGUCCCCCUUGUUGCUUCUAACAGGAUAGGCAGAGAAACUGUUGAGACCGAGCAUGGCAAGAGCACUAUAACCUUCUAUGGGAAUUCAUUCAUUGCAGGGCCAACUGGAGAAAUCGUGAAGCUUGCAAAUGACAAAGACGAGGAAGUUAUUGUAGCAGAGUUUGACUUGGACGAGAUCAAGUCGACCAGACACGGUUGGGGGAUAUUCAGGGACAGGCGCCCUGACCUAUAUAAGGUGCUACUGACGUUGGAUGGAGAGAAAUCGUCGUAAGCUCCACUUUUGUGAGUUAUCUGCCCUUGAAAGGGACAUGAGCUCCACAGUAUUUGGAAUGCCUAUUUGGAAGACACAGGCUGUCCAUGAAUGCCACCGCUACGUCCAAACGGUAGUUCUCCUUUUUUUCCUGCUAAAGAAUGAGUAGCAACUUCAUAAGGCAUCUCUGCAUUCACUGAUUCGUGGCAUUUCACAAUUUUCAUAUUCCACACAAUAAAGUGUUGGUCAUGUAAUAAAACGUUCUGGCUGACCAAAAAAUCAGAAAUGAAAGCAAUGCAUAACUACAUCUCUGGUUUCUUGUUA